AUGCCUUUUAGUUACAAGAAGGUCCUUAUCAUCGGCGCCACCUCCGGGAUUGGCAAGACUCUCGCCGACAAGGUCGUUCAGAAUGGAUCUAAAUUGAUUGUCUCCGGUCGUAGACAGGAGAACCUCGAUGAAAUUGUCAAAAAAUACGGAAGUGACAAGGUAUCUGCGAAGACUUUCGAUGUCAUGCAGCUCGAACAGAUCCCCAAAUUUGCAUCAGAGAUCAUAUCCGAGAACCCAGAUCUGGAUUGCAUCUUUGUGAAUUCGGGAAUCCAACGACCGUUCGAUUUCUCCAAGCCGGAGAGCGUAGACCUGGACAUCUUCGACCAAGAAUUGGUCACAAACUACACCUCCGCCGUACGCUUGACCAAAGCCUUCCUCCCACACGUGCAAAGCCUUGAAUCCCAAACCGCAAUUGCAUUCACAACAUCCCAAAUGGCACUUGUGCCAAUGAUGCGAUGCCCGAAUUAUGGGGCUUCAAAGGCUGCUCUGCACCAUUUCAUCCUCGCGCUGCGUACGCAAUUGCAGGAUGGACCUGGUAAUGUCAAGAUUUUGGAGAUAUACCCUCCUGCUGUGCAGACUGAGCUGCACGAUGCCAAGCACCAGCCUGAUUUGAAGGACGGGCAUCUUAUUGGAAUGCCGUUGCAGGAGUUCGUGGAUGAAGUCUGGGGUCGGUUGGAGAAGGGCGAGGAGCAGAUUCCCGUUGGGUCUGCGGGAGACAUUUUCAAUGCCUUUGAGGUAAAGAGGCAGGAGUUGUAUCGUGAUAUGACGGAAUUGCUCUCUGGGUUGUUGAAGCAAUUCUUGCGGUGA